AUGGCAGCAAGUAUGGAUUUGAAUCGGAGUCCAAUUAGACCACUGGUCGGUACCCAUUCACCCGACGAGAGUCUGUGUCUCCACAACAGGAAAUAUAAUACUUUUGUCAAUUCAAUUCUCUACACCUUUUUUACUGAAAUUGAUUCUCGCAAAACGACCGACAAAAAAAUGGGUGGCCUUAUGUACGGCGAGGCGGCCGAGACAUGCAUACCAUUCACAGACAGGCUUAUCUGUCGUAUUCAUGACAUUGAUUUCGUUUACUGUAUUUGCGAUCGAUUGCAGCCAAAGUUUUCCCCACCGGAAUACAUGCCGCUCCGCCGGCUCUGUACGUAUGGAUUCAAAUUCAUGCGAACCGUAAUGUUUUGGGAAUUGAGCCGUGUUUUGGUUCAGUUAAAUGUCUUAAAAACAUCACUAGCGGUCAGAUAUCUGGAGGAGAAGUCAAUAUAAUUACAAAU